UAUGAAUUCUGAGAAUACCGAGGAUGAACCACCUAAUACUUCGGCAGUGGAAAAAGCUCUUGAAACUUACUUGCGCGCGGAAAAUGACAAAUUGAAACAAAAAUUAUUCGAAAAAAAGAAUAAGGUAGAAGAACUGAAGGAGACUGUAAGAAAUGGGCUAAUCAGAAGAAAGGAAUUGAAAAAAAAAAUCGAAGAAGAAUCACAGAAACAAACUGACUUGGGAACUACAUUGGCAAGCUUGGAAAUAUACAACCGUCAACUUACGGAUCAAAUAAUGUUGAGAAAAGCAAACGUAGGCUCGGACGUCGUUCUGUGGCACCUUUCUCAUGUUAACGAGUACGGUGCUAUAGUUAACAUGUAUCGAGAAAAAUGGGCACAAUAUGAGGUACACAUCUUUGAGAUUAAUAACGGUUACAUAGUCAUUUUGAAAAAAUGUAGGUGUUUACCGUUUACAUUUGGAUCGAUUACUUAGGCUGAA